GUACAUAGGAAGAAGAUUCAGAUUUAAGAGAGAGAGAGAGAAUAGGAGGAGAAAAGGAAGGAAGCGAUGGAGGAGCAAGAGUUUCGUAACAUCCUCCAGCUCUUCCCCGUCGUACGAUCUCGCGACCACCGUGUUGAUUUAGAUUCUUCAGAUUCAAAGCAAUCAACUUCACAGUCAAUUGUUGAGCGUGAGCAGGCAAGUGUUGAUGAGCCGAAAGAUUUAAAAGAUUGCAAGACUGAUCAAGAUACAUCUUCAUUCUGGGAUAAACUCAGAACGUCUGCUGCAAAGAAGGUUGGUGAGGUUGAAGCAGAGAGGUUUUGCAAGGCUUUCGAGAAACUCCACAAGAGACUUGUUUAUGAAGAGUUGGAUCUUGAAACUGCAAAGCGAUACUUAUCAAACUCUUAAAUGCAUGUCUUCGUUACAAUAUGCAACCAAAGGCUUGAGAUUAUGUGGAGAUAUUUCGACUCUCUUUUUGCUUUUUGAGUAUCGUAAUUAUGUAUGAGUGGUCAACAAUAUAUUCUCUUCUCGUGUUCAACUAAUGAUGAUUCUCAUCUCAUAUGGUAGAAAAAGUUAUGCUUGGGAUAUGCUUAAUCAGGAUCUUUUAUUAAUUUUGUGUUAUUAUUAUUAUUUUUUGUUGAAUCCAUAGUUUUGUGUUUCUAUGAUUGUUAAUUUCUCGUUUUUGAUUUCUGAUUAUGGCUUUGGAUAAUCUAUUUCUUGUCCCUACAUUUCAUCUCGAAUUUUCAAUGAGAA